CAGCGCAGCAAUCGGCGGUGCGCUGUGUCCCUCGGACACAGUGGAUCACCAAUCAACGGAAAGAGCUGAAGAUUUCGACUCGGUCAUGUGAUCAGCUGUGUCCAAUCACAGCUGAUCUCAUGGGACAUGUACACUGAUCACCAGGGCACUGAUGAUCAGUGUGCCCUGAUGAUCAGUGUAGCCCCAGCAGUGCCACCUGUCAGUGUCCAUCAAUGCCAGCUGUCAGUGCUCAUCAGUGCCACCUGCCAGUGCCCAUCAGUGCCACAUCAUCAAUGCCACAUAUCAGUGCCUACCAGUGCACAUCAAUGCCACUUAUCAGUGCUCAUCUGAGCUGCCUUUCAGUGUCACCUAUCAGUGCCAGUCAGUGCCACCUAUCAAUGCCAGUCAGUG